AUGCCAAGAAAAGCCAGGAUCCUUGGCAGGCUGGGGCUGUUGAGCAGGCAUAUUUCAGCUAAGAUAGGAAGGAAGGCAUUUAGGUGGAAGUAAGUCGCCUCUUCUCUCUUGGCUUCUGACCAACUCUCACUUACCAUAUAAACCCACAGUGCAGCCACAAACCCACGCAGAGCAGACACCGGACUCCGCAGAGACACAGCGCAAGGCAGUGCCAUGCCAGACUACAAACUGAUUUAUUUCAAUAUGAGAGGGAGAGCAGAAAUUAUUCGUUACUUAUUUGCCUAUUUGGACAUAAAGUAUGAAGAUCACAGGAUAGAACAAGCUGACUGGCCUGAAAUCAAAUCAACUCUUCCAUUUGGCAAAAUUCCCAUUUUGGAAGUGGAUGGACUUAUCCUUCACCAAAGCUUGGCAAUAGCAAGAUACUUGACCAGAAACACAGAUUUGGCUGGAAAGACAGCAACAGAACAAUGUCAAGCUGAUGCCAUUGUGGACACACUGGAUGACUUCAUGUCAUGUUUUCCUUGGGCAGAGAAAAAUCAAGAAGUAAAAAAUCAAGUGUUUAAUGAGCUGCUUACACAAGAAGCUCCUCGCCUCCUGCAAGAUUUGGAAACAUAUUUAGGGGACAAAGAGUGGUUUAUUGGUAAUUCUGUGACUUGGGCAGAUUUCUACUGGGACAUCUGUAGCACCACACUCCUGGUCUUUAAACCUGACUUGCUGGACAGCCACCCCAGGCUGCGGACCUUGCGGAAGAAAGUCCAAGCCAUUCCUGCCAUUGCUAACUGGAUACAGCGGAGGCCCCAGACCAAACUCUAGCUGAUCCAUGCCGUCUUGGGCUCUGCUGCUCACAAUCGUCUCUCCCUCCAAACAUGCCAGCUGCUUCUUUUGCCCUGAAAUCCUCCACACACUCCCCACCCCACUGCCACCUUCCACUGUUGCCAUAUCCUGGAAUAAAAAAUAGUAUUUA